UAAGGCAGCGCUUUAAUGGGGCUCUUGUUCCUGCAGCGUGGCUACCAUCUCAUCUCUGUUUGGCCUUUCUUUUCUCCCCCUUGUCCAGACGAGAUCCUCCAUUCCCUGGCUGGCCCUUCCUCCCUGGCUGGCCACGACCCUCAUGGCUGGCGUACCCCAGUGGACUGUGUCCGGGCCAAUGAGUUGUGUGCUGCUGAGUCGAGCUGCAGCUCCCGUUACCGCACCCUGCGCCAGUGCCUGGCUGGCCGGGACAGGAACACCAUGCUGGCCAACAAGGAGUGCCAGGCAGCGCUCGAGGUGUUGCAGGAGAGCCCGCUCUAUGACUGCCGCUGCAAGCGGGGCAUGAAGAAGGAGCUGCAGUGCCUUCAGAUCUACUGGAGUAUACACCUCGGGCUGACGGAGGGAGAAGAAUUUUAUGAAGCUUCGCCUUACGAGCCAGUCACUUCUCGUCUCUCUGAUAUAUUCAGACUCGCUUCAAUUUUCUCAGGAAUGGAUCCCGCCACCAACUCCAAAAGUAACCACUGCCUCGAUGCAGCCAAAGCCUGCAACCUGAACGACAACUGCAAGCGGCUGCGCUCUGGCUACAUCUCCACCUGCAGCAAGGAGAUCUCGGCCACCGAGCGCUGCAACCGCCGCAAGUGCCACAAGGCCCUGCGCCAGUUCUUUGACCGCGUGCCCAGUGAGUACACCUACCGCCUGCUCUUCUGCUCCUGCAAGGACCAGGCCUGUGCUGAGCGCCGCCGGCAAACCAUCGUCCCCUCCUGCUCCUACGAGGACAAGGAGAAGCCUAACUGCCUGGACCUGCGGAACAUGUGCCGGACGGACCAUCUCUGCCGGUCAAGACUGGCGGAUUUUCACACAAAUUGUCAAGUCUCUUUCCAGUCCCUAACCAGCUGCCCUGGCGAUAAUUACCAGGCCUGUCUGGGCUCCUAUGCAGGGAUGAUUGGAUUCGACAUGACGCCCAAUUACAUCGACUCGAGCACCAGCAGCAUCACGGUGUCGCCCUGGUGUUCCUGCAAAGGGAGCGGCAACUUGGAGGAGGAGUGCGAGAAGUUCCUGAGAGACUUCACGGAAAACCCCUGCCUCCGGAACGCCAUUCAGGCCUUUGGCAAUGGCACAGAUGUGAACCUCUCCCCCAAGAACCCUUCGCCCCCUGUCACCGCGCCCCCGAAGACCGAAAACAACCCCAUUUUGCCAGAUGAUGUCAACGACAGCAACACCCUCUACGACACGAGCGUUAUUACCACCUGCACGUCCAUCCAGGAACAUGGGCAGAAGCUAAACAAGUCCAAAGAGCAGAAUAUCUGCAUCUCGGAGACACAGCUGCCCACAGACAGCAUGCCAGACCCGAAUACUUUUCUGGACCCGAAAGCGUCCAGCAGCCGACACUCAGCUGGAGUGAUCCUCUCCACUAUCUCCUUCUUUCUCGUGAAACUGGCUUUAUAAAGGAGAGGAACGGGGUCAAAAUGGAAUUGCCAACAGGACACAGACACUUGCCCACACCCCCGCACACACGAACUCUUGCAAGAAUACUCUCUCUCAACUUGUUUUCUCCCAGGGUUUCUGCUUUUGAGGAAUUAAAUACACGACAUAUCUUGUGCCAGACUCUUAAUGCGCAAGACUAGAGAUCGCCCCUGCCCCAGGAGCACCGACUACCAGAUGGACGCAUGUCCCAGUGGGGAAAACUUUGGCCAUAUUCUUUUCUUUCCCUUUUUUUUUAAGGUGUUUGGGUUGUUUUGUUUUGUUUUUCCUUUCCAAAGCAAGAGCCCGAAGGCGCACGACCAACAGGAACGCACACCCCCACCCAUGCGCACACACGCACGCACGCACGCAUACACACACACGGGGGAUCUGAAGCUGCGAAAGGAACUAGGGAAAGCCUUUGGUGAUCUACCAGAGCUUCAGUGAGGUUGGUCGAGAAGGGAAAGCUGGACAGUUCCUAGAAGGACUCGGAAAUCGGAGCUGCAGUUUACAGGAAGGUGGAGAGAGACCUUAUUUCCCCAUUUCCCCACGGCCUUUGGUUCCAGUUUGCUGCUUGACAAUUCUGUGCGUUUGCCGCCCGCCCUAGAUGAAGUCUGGCACUCCUUAGCCUGGGAGAUCCACAUGCUGGCGUCGUAACACGUUUCCCCCCGAACUGAACCGCGGUGAGAUGGGGCAGCCGCUUGGGGCUGCAGCGGGGGUGCCCAUGCUGAAAGACUAAGAGCCACCGUUUCCAAUGGGGGCCCCUGCUCCCUGCUCAGAGGCCGCGUCGCCGGUUCGAUGGGUGAGUGCUGGAUCACAAAGCAGGCGGCUGGAGAUCAAGAGGAUUUGUUUUUGCCAGUUCUGAGGGGAUGCUCUUUCGAUCUUGUCAUUUGUUCUUCUUUUCCACGGUUGGCAAACAUUUUAAAA